GAAACAAAGAAAAAAAAAAGAGGCAAGCUUUUGAGUGCGUUCGAUGUCGAAUUCAGCCAUUGAAGAGCCACCGCAUAAAAAGAGGAAGACAUGUCUGUCUCCGUCUGCGUUAUCGUUGCUGCCAGAUGAGAUAUUUCUAAGCUGCAUGUCUCGAGUGUCGAGAUCGGACCAGGCGGCGUUAUCUCUGGUCUCGAGAAGCUAUCGAUCUCUGGUGGCUUCACCAGAGCUCUACAAGAUGCGGUCGCUGUAUGGUUGCACGGAGAAUUGCGUCUAUGUAUGCUUAGUAAGCCCUCCGGACCCAAACCCACGGUGGUUCAUCCUCCUCCGGGAGAAUCGGCUUCUGAGCCCGAUCCCGAACCCGUCAUUCCCGCCUCAGGCUCCGGAAGGAUCCUCCGUGGUGGCGCUGGAUUGGGGGAUCUAUGUAAUUGGUGGAUUGAGAAACGGGAAGCCCACUUCGGAAGUCUGGCUUUUGGACUGUAGGACUCACACGUGGCGCCAAGUCCCUUCCAUGGGAGUGGGCCGGGUUACGGCGGCUGCUGGAGUCGUAGGCGGGAAGAUUUACGUGUUCGGAGGCUGCUGGAACCCAGAUUCCUCGAAUUGGGCAGAGGUAUAUGACCCAAAGACCCAAACUUGGGAAGCUUUGCCACCAAUGCCGGAUCGCAAGACACGCUGUCAGUUAAUCCACGACAGUGUGGUCGUGAAGGAGGAAAGGGUUUAUGCAGUGGAUCAUAUGGAAACAACGUUGUACUACUCGCCGAGUGAAAAGAAAUGGGGAAGAGGGAACCAUAGUGAACUGCAUGGAUACAAAAGGGAUUGGUGUGUGAUUAAUAACAUUAUCUACUCUUGUGAUCGGUUUGGGGAGUUGCGUUGGUGUGAGCAAGCUCAAUUGGAGUGCUCUGAACCUGAAGGAGAGGGGAUGUAUUGGAGGAAGGUACAGGGUUUGGGAUCUCUCAAGGACAGUCUCUCUAGCUCCAGACUGGUCCACUUUGAUGGGAGGUUUGAUGGUGCGUGGGAGUCCCUUAAGAUCGGGUUGGGUGUCAACACCAAGCUUAUAGAUGUACUUCCUGGAGCCAGACUCAUCAAAUCUGGUCCUAACCUUGUGCUCUUCUGGGAUGUCAUCGAGGGGGAUCAUCUUGAGAUUUGGUGUGCAGUGAUUUCCUUGGAAAGACGCCAAGGACCCGAGAUUUGGGGCAACAUUGACUGGUCUCAUCCUCUCAAGACCGUUGAGCCUUUCUCACAUCACCACAAGAUUAUGCAUAUUCUUCUUGGUGUUCUGCUAAAGUGCUUUUAGGUAAUGGAUCUACAAAUUCAGAGAUUAGAGAGAGGAAGUGACAUGCAAUCUUCAAGACAGUUCUCUUGGGUUGCUAGAAUAAGAACUCAAUAGGCAAAUUUUACAGCAGAGUUUGGUAAGUCCAACAACUUGAUCCCUCUCCAUCACCAUACUCUACAAGUGCUUUGUCACUCCAUCCGAAUCCAAGCAUGUUCAGGCCUGAUCAACUUGGGAACAUUGUGUAGUCUUUGGUCCAAUUAUAUGAUGAAAACAAGCCGGUUUAGCCGAAAUAGAGAACAAUUCGAAAGUCUUGAGAGAGACACUUGAGACAGCAGCUCCAGCGAAACAGAAGAAGCAACAUAUUCAUAUUUCGUCGACUAGCUACUGAAAAGGAAGCUCACAUUCCUUUUUCUUCAAAAUCCGCCAUGGAAGCAACUGCAAGAAUCCAGAUAAGUGUAAAUUCAGAAUCCCGUUCGAUCAAAUACACCAAAAUGUUUGGUGUUCCACAGUUUCAGUUACACUGGUUGGCUUGUGUAGGUUGAUGGAAAGCAAAUUCCUUCAUCAAUAUAGUACUCUCUUCGCUACACUUCACUGUGAUUCUGGUCUCCUCAUAAGUGAUGAUGAUGGUGAAAUUAGUGUUCAUUUGGAAUUUAAAGCUUUGGGAGGCUUACUAGUGAUUUCAUUUUGGCAGCUAUGGUGCCUUUGCUCGAAAGCUUCGUGGGCAGACAAGAGUUAGUAGAAACGAUCAAGGGUUGUAUCAUCGACUCGGGAUGAGCAGAUCCUCUAGAUACCAAGUUUUGUGCUUUUCAAGUUUUCUCCAUUGCUUCAUUGUCUUAUAUUGGAACUUUGGAAGUAGAAGAUAUCCCAAAUUUGGGCAGCUGGGUUUACCGCUGCCAUAUUGAAGAAGCGUAGCUCCACCAUAAAAACAGAACCAAUCAGUCCCAUUAACGAAGAGUCGAAGACGAUGCUUCAAACCCACAAAAGAAGGAACCUCUAGGACUCGAAAACAUGAUGCUAUCAUCUCUAGAGAAACUCUUACCCAUCGUCUUAAACCUCCCAGAUGUCAACAUGAGGCUAAAGAAAAUCAUCAAGAAACUCUAUGAGAACCAUCCUCCAUGUCCUCAGCUCUAUCUUUACAGCUCCGGGGACAAAGUUGUUCCGUCUCAUUCCGUAGAGCAACGGAUCAAAGAACAACAGAAGAUGGGAAGAAACAUACAUUCUUUCAAUUUCAGGGAUCACUGCCGGAAUUUUCUUGACCUGUACUCACAGCUUCAUAACUUCUUGCAAAAGUGCUUCACGCCAACAAAAGUGCUUACGAUGGGCAUCGAACUUUCCGUUAGAAAUCAGGCGGCGGCGGAGCUAGCCAGGGACCGGUUAGUGGUCGGAGUAUGUGAUGGCCCAAUGUUGACGAACAAGCAAUUCUCUGAGAUGAUACAACCCAUUGAAGAAAGGAUGCGUAAUGUGGAGAACUAUGUUAAGAUCGAGGUUGUGGAGAUAGUUUGCGAUGGAUCGAGUGGAAAUAACACAAGUUCGAGUACUCUGGGGAAGUUGGAGAAAGCCGAGAAACGAAAACAACCCGCAGAAGAAGAAGCAUUAUGAACACGGGACCUAAGAACUAGUCACAUGUAAAAUCAAGUUUGUUUGUAAUGUAAUAGAAUGAUCAAAUCAAUCUUUGCCUCACCAGAAAAGGUUGUAUAUCGGCUGAAACAAUCAAUAAAGGUCGAGUCUUUGCAUUC